UUAGCAUAAUCGGCAUCUUCUAAAAAGAGUGGUUAAGGGCUACAAGGCGUGUCCAGAAUUUAUGACAACAAGUAACGUUGUUGUCCCUCUCAGCCAAAAGUCCACGUCCAAAUAUAAAGCAACGGUCUCUAAUCAUCUCCCUUCGUCAAAACCAAAUUCCCCAGCAAAAAAAAUCUCUUUCAGGAGCAACACCAUGGAGUUAAUGUCUCAUUGUUCAUCGUUCCUUCUUCCUUCUAUCCCUCCUUCAUCUUCAGAAGAUAACAAAACUUAUGCUCUCAUACUCCUUAAUCAACCUCUCCCCAAAUUUACACCUCUCUUAUGGAACCAUGCAAAGUUAUGUUUAUGUGCUGAUGGUGGAGCAAAUAGAGUGUUUGAUGAAAUGCCUCUAUUAUUUCCACAACAAGAUCCUCUUCUUGUUAGAAACAGGUAUAAACCGGAUGUCAUUAAAGGGGAUAUGGAUUCCAUUAGAACUGAAGUUAAAGACUUUUAUGCAAAUUUGGGAUCCCAAAUUGUGGACGAAUCGCAGGAUCAGGAUACCACGGAUCUACACAAGUGUGUAUCAUUUAUUCGGGAUACUAUUCCCGAUGUGGAUAAAUCUGAUCUAUGCAUUCUUGUUGCUGGAGCGCUUGGGGGGAGAUUCGAUCAUGAGAUUGGAAACAUCAAUGUUCUCUGUAAUUUCUCAAACAUCCGGAUAGUACUUAUAUCUGAUGACUGCCUUAUCCAACUUCUUCCAAAGACCCAUCGCCAUGAGAUCAAUAUCUUGUCAUCUCUUGAAGGCCCACAUUGUGGGCUCAUCCCUAUCGCUACAGCCUCUGCAAAAGCGACAACUUCUGGGUUGCAAUGGGAUCUUGAUAAUACUGAGAUGAAAUUUGGUGGAUUAAUAAGUACAUCGAAUAUCGUGAUGCAAGAGAAGAUCACAGUGCAGUCAGAUUCAGAUAUUUUGUGGACGAUAUCAAUUCGAAAACCAACUUGAAGGUUAUCUCCUCCACUUUAUCAAAAUCAGCAGAUUUUAACCUAUUUUUCACCUUUUGUAAGCCUGCUGCUGACUGAAGUGAUAUAGGAUGUCUCUCUUUCUUGACCUUCUGCUUCUUUUCUUAUAAUUAUUUAUGUGAAUAGAGAAGCCUUUUACAAUAGAUUUGGUUUUAGAGUUGUUUGUGUCUAUAUGUAUAAAUGCACAACACGUCAAUUCUGUUGCUUUGUAUGCAUGUGAGACUGCAUAGUGAAAAUGACCCUUUAUUCC